AUGAUACAUCUCGAUCGGAAUCACUCCUCUCCUAUCGCUCGUCAUCCAAAGUCCAAUUUGAUUCUGGCGGAUCCCACCCAUGCUGAUCAGUCUUCCCUCUUGUCUUGGUCAGCGCCCACCCGUAAUGACAACCCGUACUAUCACGAAUCUCAGAACAACCAGUCCAAGCCCUCCAUAGCCUCUGACCUAUCCAAAGACUCUCCCAAGUCCCAUCCAGGUCCCAUCACCCGUCCCGACGGAGACGUCGUCAAGCACGAGCCCUCCAGCCCCGCUGAUGCCUCCUCCCCCGUCGAGGGCAGCUCCUCGUCCCUCUCUCCGCCUCCCGACGCUGCGUCCCCUGGUGCGCAGACAGACGCCGAGACCGCAGAUGCCUUCGCGGUACGCAUGGAUGCAGAAGGGAAGGAGGCCCAGCCGGAGGAGAACAAGGGCGGGUCUGCCGACGAUGUGGACAGGGCAUCGCGUCAAUCUACGCCACUUAGCGAGUUGUCCUCCGCGCCUGAUGACGAUGUCCAGGAGGGCGAGAUCAAAGAUGGAGACGCAUCUGUUCCCGCCCCAGCCGACUGCGACCAGGGAUCGCCCGAGAGCGCGUGUGCGCCCGAUCAUCCCAAGGAGGGCACCCAACAAGCACCAACACCAGCUGGUGCCAACUCUGGAGUUGCUCCAUCAAAAGCCCAGUCUCCACACCAGGGCUUGGCCGACCUCCACACCCCUAUUCCUCCUAACGUUUCAUUCCCUGGGUCUUCUCAUCCACAUUCGUCGUCCACUGCACACGCUUCACCAACGUCUAUCUCCACUCUGUUCUCUCAGCCCGAUGGCCAGCCAUUACACAGCAAUGCUACAUCUAUUAACACCAUGCCUUCCUUCACGACUUCCGCGUCAGGCUCAUCAUUGGCCGCAGGAAACGAUCCCAAAGUUGUGAUGACCCUUGAAUUGAACGCGCACCUGCUUAAUGUUAUGAUGGCAUUCCAAACACGCAAUAAUCCUGCAGACGAGAAGCUGCGUCACGAAUAUUCAAUGCGUCUGCAGACCAACCUUGCCUGGUUGGCUGCUGCUGCGGAUGGACCAAAGAGUCGAUUGUCGGUCCCACUUCCCGCCAUGCAACCUCCUCCGCCCGUGGACUUCACACCUGUAGACCGAAUACAGCAAAUCUACGUCGACUUGCCUGUUGUCUUCGCGAAGGAGUAUGCUUAUAGGCAGCAGCAGGCCGCGGCCGCGGUGGCCGGCCGGGUCGACCUCAGCGGGAAAUUGAAGCGAGAGCGGCCGGAGGAGAUCAUGCCAGACCUUGCCAACAAGCGACAAGACAUCGGCGAGACCAAGAUGCCGACGCCGAUCGCCCCUGCACCUUCUCUCUCUGCUCCUGUCACACCCCAGGCUAUGACAGGCAUCAUGCCUACCGCUGCGAGCCCGCCUGCAUCAAUAUCCAUGCACGGUACUCCGGUCCCUCGAAUGAACAGUCCCGCCAUGCCCCUUCCUCCCGUACCUCCUACGCUGAUGGGCGGGAUGAACGAAGCCCAGAUUGCCGCAUCUCGUAUGAGGCAGAUGCAAAUGCGACAGGCUCUGCAGCAGCAGCAACAAUUUGCGGAAGCAAAUCGCCAGAUGUCUCCUCCAAACGUCUCGCAGACCUCGAACAUGGGUAUGCACAACGUCGCGGGGCCAUCGUCCAUGCCUGGGCAGCUCAAUCAAGCUCAGAUGGGUGGCUUAGGAAACAUGGGGCAUAAUGCGACGCAGCUCCUCCACAUUUUGCAGAAUCCGGGCCAUCCGCUCGUCCAGUAUCUCAUACAGCAGGUCCCUGGCUUUACGACGUUGCCGCUACAGCAGCAGUUCCAACACAUGCAGCGAGCUCAGAACUUGCUUCAGCAGCGGCAACGGACGGCGUCGCAAUCGCAAGCCGGCAGCUCGGCGCAGGGAUUCAUGCAGUCUGGUAUGCAGUCCGGUAUGUCGCCGGGUAUGCAACCAGGUAUGCAGCCUGGUAUGGCGUCUGGUAUGCAAAUGGGCAUGCAAUCCUUCCAAGGAGGCGGGAUGGGUGUCGGAAUGUCAUCUGCUCAGCUACCUGGUCAAAGUCGUAGUCCGACGAGGGUGUCUCCGAUCUCGCAGCAGAACACCAUGCAAGGCCAGAAUCAGAUGGGCAGCUUCCCCUUCUCGAAGAAUGUGCCGAAUGCAGGGAUGGAUCAGAGGCUUUCGCAGCAGCAAGCGGCGAUGGCUCACCAGCGGCAGCUCAUCCUUCUCCAGCAGCAGAUGCUGCGGAAUGCUCAGGGCGGGAACCAGCAGAAUCCGAUGAUGAAUCCUCAGAUGAUGGCUGCAGCACAGCAAGAGCAGUGGAUGAGGCAGGAGCAGCGGAUGGCACAUGCACAGCUGGGCAUGACCAAUCCGGGAAUGCAGAUGGGCGGUGGGAUGGGCGGCAUGGGGGGGCUGGAUAACAAUCACAUUCCGGCGCUUCGAUCAAAUCCUACCGUGCCUGGAAUUGCUAGGAGUACGCGUACGCCCUCAGAUAGUGCCCCGUCGCCGGGCGUGCAACAAAGGAUAUCGGGCCAUUCGUCGGAAGACAUCCAACGUGCCAUGAUGAUGCAGCAACAGGCACAGCAGCGUGGCAUGACACCACAGAUGCAACAGAACCCGAGCUUCCCGCAGAUGAACUGGAAUCAGGCAAAUCAGUCGCAGAUGGCGCAGAUGGCACAGAUGGGCCAUGGUCAGGGAUACGGGAUGUCACCGCCGAACAGCGCGAAUCCGAUGCAUGGAGGAUUUGGCGGAAUGCAAGGCGGCAUGCAGGGUGGUAUGCAAGGUGGUAUGCCUCCUGCGUCACAGGUUGGCGCUCAGAAUCAAUGGCAACAAAACGUGGGCGGCGGGCAGUUCGGGUUCACCCCGUCGCCAUCAGCAAGUCAACAUCAUUCUGAUGCCUCCAUGACGCCCCGUCAGGCGUCCGCGACUCCUGUCCCGCAUCAGAUGUCCCAAAACAGUCCUCAGACCGAUCAGGCGGGCCUGAAUGACUUUGAUCUUUUUAACUGGGGGCAAUAG